CCGAGGGGCCAGAGCUCCUGGCGGUGCCGGAUCCUGAUGUCGGCCUUACCCCGGGUCUGUCUGCCAAAAUGUCUGAAAGAUCAGAUCUCCUUCACUUCAAGUUUGAAAAUUAUGGAGAUUCAAUGUUACAAAAAAUGAACAAAUUAAGAGAAGAGAAUAAAUUUUGUGAUGUUACAGUUCUCAUAGAUGAUAUUGAGGUACAGGGGCAUAAAAUUGUGUUUGCUGCAGGUUCCCCCUUCUUAAGAGACCAGUUUUUACUGAAUGAUUCCAGAGAGGUGAAAAUCUCCAUAUUACAGAGUUCCGAAGUGGGGAGACAAUUGCUCUUAUCCUGUUAUAGUGGUGUGCUGGAAUUCCCUGAGAUGGAACUGGUAAAUUACUUGACUGCUGCGAGUUUUCUUCAGAUGAGCCACAUUGUAGAACGGUGCACGCAGGCCCUGUGGAAGUUUAUAAAGCCAAAACAACCAAUGGAUAGUAAAGAGGGAUGUGAACCACAGAGUGCUUCUCCCCAGUCAAAAGAACAGCAGGGCGAUGCCAGAGGCUCCCCAAAGCAGGACUCACCUUGUAUUCAUCCAUCUGAAGACAGUAUGGAUAUGGAGGACAGUGAUAUUCAGAUUGUUAAGGUAGAAUCUAUUGGGGAUGUAUCAGAGGUUAGAAGUAAAAAAGAUCAGAACCAGUUUAUUUCUUCUGAACCCACUGCUUUACACUCAUCAGAACCCCAGCACUCCCUGAUAAAUUCAACUGUGGAAAACAGAGUAAGUGAAAUAGAACAAAACCAUCUCCACAAUUAUGCCCUCUCUUAUACAGGCAGUGAUAACAUCAUCAUGGCCUCAAAAGAUGUCUUUGGGCCUAACAUUCGAGGUGUAGACAAAGGCCUACAGUGGCACCACCAAUGCCCAAAGUGUACCAGGGUGUUUCGUCACCUGGAGAACUACGCCAACCAUUUAAAAAUGCACAAACUCUUUAUGUGUCUACUCUGCGGCAAGACUUUUACUCAGAAAGGCAACCUUCAUCGACACAUGCGUGUGCAUGCCGGAAUUAAACCUUUCCAGUGUAAAAUCUGUGGGAAAACCUUUUCUCAGAAGUGUUCCUUACAGGAUCAUCUUAACCUUCACAGUGGAGAUAAGCCCCAUAAAUGUAACUAUUGUGACAUGGUUUUUGCACAUAAGCCAGUUUUGAGGAAACACCUUAAACAGCUGCAUGGCAAAAACAGCUUUGAUAAUGCCAAUGAGAGAAAUGUGCAAGACCUCACAGUGGAUUUUGAUUCUUUUGCAUGUACAGCAGUCACAGACUCUAAAGGGUGUCAGCCACAACCUGAUGCAACACAGGUCCUGGAUGCAGGUAAACUGGCCCAAGCUGUCCUGAACUUAAGGAAUGAUAGUACUUGCGUGAAUUGAGUAGGGGCUUCAUGCUCACAACUAGAAUGGACUGAGAAUGUGGCAAUAGUCUGAAUUUUUUAGGAGUGAUUUUACUAGUUUGACUUCUCCAAAGCCUCUGCGCAGGAGGUAGGGGGUGAAUCAAAGCACUAAUAGACCAGGCAGCUUACCACUUGGAGUGGUAUUGCCUUCUUUUUGCCCUCUCGCAUUUUCUGUUUUGAAUUAUUUAUCCUGUGAUGUCUGUUUUCCUUUACCAAGGAAUAAUUCCAUUUGUCUACCUAACAUUGACUUAUGUCUUAGACUGACACUAUUUUAGGCUUUGUUCACCAGGCACAUUCUGAAGGUACCAACAAGUUAAUAACAUUACCUGUUCUCCACUAAUAGAUGCUGUGCUAAGAGAAGUGAAUAAUUUUCUUUGGCAGAAAAUAGGCUGAGAUAUAAGGUGAUAUUGCUAUCGACAAUAUGUCUGGUUGCCUAUUGAUAAUUCAUCCAUGCCUGAUAAAUGAAUGAAUCUGCUUCCUACCAUUUGUACUUGUCUUGGAGCCGGCUAUAAAGAAGUAUGUUCAUUUGUUCUGUACUCUUUUCAACAGUAUCAUAGCCCAACUUCAUCUCAUUGCAUUGUUCACAAAGAUGAGAGUACAAUCUUUUCAGCAACAUCUGCAGACAUAGUUAGGGAUCACCUUGUGGAGCAUAAGCAACAAAGGAUAGAAGUACAGUUAUACAACAGCACUUACAUGGGAGGUUUUCCUCGCAGCAUGUCCCACCAGGAGGCUAGAUGCUUAUAAUUAAUGUAUAACUUGUUGAUGCUUUUGAAAUCAGUAUUACUCUAAACACACUUAAAGUGUGCUAAAGUAUAAUGGUUUCUCUAAAAAGAGGUUAUUGGGGAGUCUCUGAACUUUGUUUCAGAGUUUAGCCAUCAGAAAGGUGAGUUUGACCAUCAGAGUUUUGUGCAGUGCACUAUGAGUCUCUGAAUUUUCAUUUCCUCAUGUACCUUAAUUUCUAAAAUGGAUGAAAGAAGUCAAGUGGGACACAGAAGGGGCAAUCAGAUUUUUGCAUUCAGAUAUUACUCUUAAAGAGACACUGUCCCACCUUGCCACCUUUGAUAGAUCACUGUUACAAAGUCUUAUCUUCCUAUAUGGUGAUACAAAACAACUGGUUUUCCUAAAGCACAUGUUAUAUUUCAGAAAUAAAAUUUUGCAUCUUAUUUGUUUCUGACACAGGAGUUAGACUUAGGUAAUAGGAGUGUUAGAGUCCUUAAAGAAUCUUAAGAGAUCAUUUAUUCCACCUUUUUCAUUUUAAGUUGGGGCAUCCAAAGCCCAAAGAAGUGGCCUGGCCAAGAUGGGCCAAGGUAUAUAAGUGACUAAGUAUGAGCUAAUGUCUCCUUACUUCUUUCCACUAUCCCUUGGCUUAAAAAGAUUUAGUUCAUGAUGAAGAAUAAUGCAUUAACAGAAAGCUCUCAGUUUGUUUCACCUUUGUGUUUACCUGUUGGCUUUUUUAGACAGCCUGGAUUUUGCCAACAGAAUAUCACAGAGGGAUUUAUUUAUGUUAGCUAAUUAUUUUUUAGUUAGAUGAGUAUUACAUUCUUCCCAAGCAAGUAACUGAUUUGUUGGGUGCUGGUUAGGGAGGGAAAGGGCAGGUAAGAGUAAUGUGAGAAGGAUCCAAAUGUGAAAUUGAUUUUGUUUGGAAAACAGUGUUUAUUUAAUUUCCAUCAGGAUUUUCUGUUUUUAUGUUUGAGUUUUGAUAAUCCAGAAAUUAGGCUUAAUUUAUAUAGUUGGAGGGAAUUCUUAAGUUGUUAUAAUUUGCUACAUUUAAAUGGGAUCAGAUUUAAGGUAUAAUUUCUAUCUUUUAUUCAAAUAAUUAAAAUGAGAACACAGUUGAGUGAUAAGACCAAUAAGAACUUUAUGUCUAAUGUCACUCAUUAUAUGGUCUCAUGAUGCUUUCUAGCUUUCUGAUUUUUAUAUGAUCCAGCCAAAGAAUACCAAUUCUAUGCAAUGGGGAGACUACCACAUCAACCAAUGUUUUUGGUAUUUUCUCUGAAUAUCAUUUCUUCAUAGGGAAAUUUCAAGUUGAAGUGCUUCCUUUGCUCACAUUCAUGUCCUGUUUUGGUUACUGGUUUGAAGAUUAAAAGGCACGGGUUCAUAUAAGAUUUGUCUCUUUGGUUGGAGACUAUUUCUUGGUUCAUUCAGUCAUUCAAGAUACCUUUAUUAAACACCUACUGUUGCCAGGUACUAUGCUAGAUAAUGAGGAUGUGAAGGUAAGAUUGAUACCAUCCCUGCCCUCAUGGAGCUUAUGGCCUCAUGUGGUCUUAGUGAGAUAAGAUCUAAAUUUGAUUUUAUAUUAGGAAUAAAAAAAACUUGCUGUCUUUGAUCACUUAAAAUCAGCAUCUUUGGGGUUUUGUAUCAGUAGAACUUUUAGUUCUCACCUUCUGCAAAUGCAGUCUCCUCCAUUUCUUGGCUAGAGAAGUCUUCUGUUUCUGUAAGACAUUUUCUAAUUUUGGUGGGACUUUUUCUUUGCUUAUACAUGUUUCUUAGAUUAUGUUGCAAAGAGGUCAUGUUACUCGUAUCAAGUAUGUUUUAUAGGGGAAGAUGACUUUCAGAACUAGUCAUAUUCCUGUAGAGGAGGAAGAUUUUUAAAACCUUAGUCAUUUGGCAUUUGUAUUUUAUGGAUCCCCAGGAUAACUAGAAGGGAGAAAGGACUCUCUUUGCCAUAGUUUGGUUUUUUAAAAAAUUACUGUCACAGUUAUUUAUUUAUUAUUUAAUUUUAAAGACAAACUCCAAACUGAAGUGGUUCUGAGGUAAAUCAGAUGUGGUUUUAAUUUGUUUGUUUCUUUAAGAUCUGUAAAUGGAAGGUGACCAGUGUCACUGCUUCUAAAACAUUGUCCUAAACAAACAACCCAGAACAUUUUAUUUCAGCUCAUGAAUAGCUGUUCUAAAUCUGUUGUAUGUUAGACAUACU